CUUCCCUUCUGUUAGAAGAAGUAGGGUUUAUUUACAUUUUGCUUUUCCAAUAAUGGCGACCUUUUUUUUAUCGAUUUGUGUUGCAAAUGGUGUAAAUAAAACAAUUGCCAUACCUACUCCAGGACUCCACGCACAUCAGCUGUCGCUAGACCACUUAGAUAGUCUAGUUUGCAAACAAAAGAGCUUUUAUUGCGAAUUAUUGAUGCUGAAGUAUCGCCGAAAAUAUUCAUAAUACUAGAACUAUCCAUGGCCAUGGCCAUGGCCAUGGGCCAAAUGAUUACCGGUAUGAGUGGUAUGAAUCAUUUGAAUCCGAUUCCAGUGAUGAUUUUCAGCUUUCUGAUGAUGGGUUGGUAAAUGCCAAAUGAAAAUAGAAAAGGUAUUUUAAGUAAUAGUAGACUCUUUGUUAAGGUCCAGGAAAUGCUGAAAACCUUUGAAUUUGAUACUGAUAGUAUAAUAGUAAUAUACUAUAAUUUCUUAUGAAUUUAAUUUUAUGACAUGACAUUUUUCCUCAAUAGAAUUAUUGGUAAAUGCAAAGAAGAUAUCCAUGUUUUUUCCCAUUGCCACCAUCAUGGCUGGGUCUUGUCAACCAAGAUGGCUGCCAAGAAAAGAAAAAAGUAGUGCAAAACAUGUGAAUGUGUGAUACAAAAAGGAAGAGGAUGGUAGAGAAUUGAAUGUUAUUUUAACAACUUGCCGAAAGAUCGGAGAAAAAUAGAAAAAUAAGCGAAUUUACAUGCAAAAAAAUUUUAAAGAAAAAAAUGAAAUUAAUAGUCUUUUUUAAAAAUUUUGUACCAAAAAAAAAGGAAAUUUUGGCUGAUAUUAACUCUUUUCAUUCCUCUUAUAUAGAGAGAGUACAACUAUAUAUGUUGGUUAUUUUCGCUAAUAAAAUAUUGUCUUUUUUAUUUUUAAGUGUUCUAUACCUAUUUUAUCAUACAUUUGGAAGAAAAAUAUAAUAAAAAAUAAUGUUUAAAGAUUUUAAAUAAUAAUUGAUUUUUUUGGCGAGUUCGAGGUUCACGUGACAUGCCGAAGCGUUACUCGCCAUUUUGGGAAAAUUUGUGCAAGAUGCUAGUUGACUCGGCAGCCCAAAAUUUUAAAUAAUGAAUACUACUGACGAAAAUUUUGAUCAUAUUUUAUCUGAAACAUCUGGGGAAGAUAGUUGGGAACCUGAAUCUAGUGACUUUGAUUCAGAUUUUGAUGAGAAUCUGCCUUUAUAGCCCAUUAUAGUCACUAAAACUAGAAGGUUAGUAAAUCGAGUGUUUCGUCAUUCUAUAUUUUUUUAUAGAUUUUUUACUUUUAAAUUUAUUUUAUCGGUUUAAAUUGUAUUUUUAAUCAUAAUUGAAGUAUUUUCUACCCAUUUUAAAAUGAAUCUACGCAAAUAAAAUCAUUGUAUAAUUUGCGAAUAUUUUAUUACAAAAAUAAUUUUAUAAGACGUUAUGCUUAGAAACUGUUGCUAAGGAAUGUAAACAAUGCAGUCGGCACUGUUUAUUAUGAUAUAUUUUAUUCUAAAGACCAUGAAAUUUGACAUCCAUGUGUGUUAUAAAAAAUUAAUUAUCUGACACUAUUUUUUUUGUUGUCAUAACGGUUUUUAGACAGUAUUUGAAAUAUUAAAAACUUGAAAUUUAAGUAAGUAUAUAUUUUAUAUUCAUUGGAUCCCUAAUAGUUGCAUAUAGAUCUAUAAUAUUAGUUAUUCUUUUACAUUCACAGGCUAGGCUUGUAUGAGGUUGGAGAUAAUGACCCACUGGUUCCCACUCCUAAGUUUCCCCCAGCCAGAAACCCAGGCUGACUUGUGUGGGAAGAAAUGUCAUCAUAACAUGGAUACAAUCUGCAUCCUAAAGUCUAAGGAUUUUCAAGAUAUGUUUCACAAUGAAUUUGGUUGAAACAUUUGUCAAAUACACCUAUUCAACUACCAUGGGACCUUCUAAACUUUCCAUCAACUGUGGUUUGUUGAUAACUCAACAACAUACCACUUUUACUCAUUUCUAGGACUACUAAUGUGCAUGUCAACUGUACGAGUCCUCGGUGUACAAAAAUACUCGUCAACCGCAACAAUGUUUCACUACUACCAUGAAUUGUGGGCUCAUGCCCUAUUGCCAAAAACAGAUUUAUUCAAAUAAGACAUUCUUCAAAGUUUAUAAUAUUGAAACAGACAAUGAGGACAAACUGUGCAAAGUGAACUUGUCAGACUUUAUUAUCAGAAGUAAAUAAAGAUAAAAAUCAAAGCAAUGUGAAUGUGAUAUGAUGUGAUGGAUAAGAGAUAAUAUAAUUUAUACUAUGUUCAGUGGAGAGAAAAUUAGACAAGCCUCACUUAUUUCAAAUAAUAUGACAGCAAGUGGAUUUUCUUUUGUGAACAAAACCAAAACUGAUUUGUGUCUUUCUAGGCAAUUAUUGGGGAGAAAAACCAGAUAUUGUCAAAUCAGAUUUUGAAAUCAUACAAUUCAUUCCUGUGACCUGUGUGGUGUUGACCAGUUGAUAAAUAAAUAUAUCAUUCUAAGUAAAGAGAACAGCACUGGACCAAUCCAUUUUUCCAUUUUGUUGAUAAUGCCAGCUAUAAUCUCUUCAGGAUUGUUCAAAAGAAAACUAUGAUAUAGAUGAACUGAAGCUACCUGACAUUUUAUUCUCAAUUGACUUCACAGAGGAAAUUAUUUUAGCAUUUGAUUAUUUACUAAAAGGGAUGCAGUUCCAAGUGCUGCAAAUGUAAAUAACACCAAAUACAAUCUAAAUGCCAUAAUUCCUGAUUGCAUAGAUUUUAAAAGCAAUUGUCAGUGUGCUAGUGCUAUAAAUUAGGAAAGCUAAGAAAAUAAAAUUAUAAAUCAAAUAUAGCGUUUAGUAAAUUUAUCUUUGUUAAAAUAACAAGAAUUUUUCUGACUAACAGUACCAUGAAGUUUAAAACCUCUAUUAUUUUUUAAAACCUUGAAGUAAUUUUUAAAAGGUAAAAUAAUAAUAACCUGUAAUUUUUGUGAUUACUUGGUGGGGGGCGGUGAUUUUUAUUUUUUUAAAAUUAUUUCCCCUUUUUCACACAUUUUACAAAAUAAUUAAUAUUUUGGUCAAAUUCUCAUGAUAUGUUCUAAAUCAUGCAUAUGAUAUAAGAAAAUGAAUUUUCUUUCUAAAUAAACAGAUUUUAUUAAAUAAUUUUAUGUGGUUUGUUUUUUUCCUUCUUUGCAUGUGAUCACCAAUUUUUUAAAACACAUUUUCAUAAAAAAAAAAUUGCAUAAUUUUUUUCACAACUUCUAAGUAUUGACACUAUGUGUUUGAAAACAAAUAUUUUUAGAAACCUCAUGCAUUUUCCCACAAUAAUAUAUAUAACAUCAUGAACUUUUGACAAUGAUUCUAAAAGUUAUUGACUCUUUUUUAAGGUCACUAGAAAUCUCAUAAAAAACUUGCAAAAUUCAAGGAAUGUUAAGAGUUAAGGAGGGAUGACACGGCGUCUUUUGUGUGUUUAUUAUAGACAAUUAUAGUUGCAGUGAAUUAAGGUUUAGGUUAGGUUGAAGGAUCGAUUUAGGGUUAGGGUUAGGCAUAGGGAUCGAUUUAGGGUUCAGGUUAGGCAUAUAGGGAUCGAUUUAGGGGUACAUUAUAGAAAUUCGAUAAAAAUGUGGCAUUCGUCCUUAAAAUUUACCGAAAUUACAAAUUUUUGUUGUUGUAAAAAGUGAAAAUUCAACAAUUCAGCAGAUACAUUAUUUUACCGAUGGAUGUCCGCUAUCCCUAAACCUAAUCUAAACCCGAAAUCUAUCCCUAAACUGAACCCUAAUUCUGUCACUAAACUUAACCUGAACCCUAAAACUAGCCCUAAAGCCUCAAGUGAAAAGCUAAAAAAUAAUUAUUAAUUGUAUUAUAAAUAAAUAAGGAAAACUCAACUUACAGUUACAUAGAAUACACUUUUACACACAAUAAAAUACACCUUUAAACAUUCUUUUUCUCUCUUUAUGCCUUUCUACCCGGCUGGGGCAUAGGCCGUCUACAAGAACUUUUCACUCAUCACGGUCCUGUGCUUUCCUUUCCAAUUGCUUCCAGGUGUAUCCCAUAUUUUGCGUAUCUGCCUCUAGCUCGUGUCUCCAAGUAUUCUUAGGCCUUCCUCUCUUUCUUUUUCUCUGUGGGUUCCAUGUUAGGCAUUGUCUGGUGGUGCUAUCUGGGGGUUUUUGGAGCGUAACCCCUAUCCACCUCCAUCUUUUCUUUAUGAUAUCUUCAUUAAUGGGACCUGGUGUGUCCUUUCUAGUAGAUCUCUGUUGGUGAUUGUAUCUGGCCAUUUGAUUUUCAGGAUCUUUCUAAGGCAUGUGUUUAUGAAUGUACUUACCUCAAGCAAAUGACUUGAACUUAUUUUGAUUUCUAUCAACUGCCAAAGUAUUUCUAACAAUACUAAUUUGUAAAACCACAUAACUAACUUAAAAUAAAUGACAUGCUAAUUUUUGUGUGAUAUUGAUAUGGAUAUGGGAAUAGAUAGCAUAUAUAGAGAAUGGUAAAAUAAAAAGUGUAAUCAUCAAUUUUAACUAUUUUAUGAAUUAAAUAAGCCCUGUUUAUACUUAUAAUAAAUGUUAAACUGUUACACAGAAAAUUUGAAAUAAAUAUCUAAAAAAUAUUAUUAAUAAUAUUAUUAUUGGGAAAUUAAAAAAUAAUAUUUAUAUAGUUAAACAAAAUUAAUCAAUUAAAAUAUACAAAUAAUUGUAGAGUCAGCAUAUUUAAUACAUUUUGUUUAGAGAAAUUAUCAAGAUUAAAAUUUUUUUUUCGGAAUAUUAACAAAAACUCAACUUAUAUUUUUACUUUAUUUAGAAGAACUCAUAUUUAACUAUGUUCCCUGUAGAUAUUAUAUUAUAUUUAUGUCCCAUUUUAUAAUAAAGUUAUAAGCGUAAAAAAGCAAAAUAAUGGUCACAAAAUGUGGAGGAACACCACAUAAUGAUAACAGUGGUUUUAGAUCCUUACUUAAAAAUUCAUAACUUUGGAACCACUUGAGCUAGAAAGUUGAAUUUUGUUUUUUUUGUAAACUAUUCUCUAGGCUGAUACCAGCUACACAGACCAUAUAGUAGUCUGAUAAGUUCAGAUUUGGUGCACAUUAAUAAAAAAAUUUGAUCCAAUAAUAUUACCAUUAAAAUUUUAACUAUUAUUGUCUUAUUGACAUUGUGUUAUAUUUUACAUAUUAUUAUUAUCUGCCUAAUUUACUUUAAGUUUUUCCUGCUAUCUUGCUGAAGAAUGGGCAGUCAAAUUUCAUUACUUGAUAAAACCACCCUAAAAUAUUUCCUUGGGCAAAGCUGAUCUGGCACAAACAUGGAAAACCCCUGGCAUAAACAAUGAUAGGGAUCAUAUCCGGAAAUUUGAUCAAAAGAAAUUUCGUUGACGGUAAAAUGGUCGACGGUAAUAUGAUGAAACGGAAAUUUGGUCGAAUCUUAUUUUCUAUUUUUACGUUACAAUUUUGCAUCAAAUUUCGUUUUGGACGAAUUGUUUUGUUUUACUAAAUAGUAUAAUGCGUUCAAAAAGAAAUUUAACGAAAAUUUUAAUGUGCGAACGGAAAAAAAAGAUUCAACCAAAUUUCCGUUCAAUCAAAUUACCGUCGAUCAAUUUACCGUCGACGAAAUUUCUCUCGAUCAAAUUUCCGGUAACCCUUGAUAAAACCACCCUAAAAUAUUUCCUUGGCCAAAGCUGAUCUGGCACAAACAUGGAAAACCCCCUGGCAUUAACAAUGAUAGGGAUAAUCAAUUAUUUUACGGAAAAUGAAUAAAUUAAAGUGUGAUAAAAAUAAUUUGUAUAUGCGUAUAUUUAAGUAUACGUUUAAGUAUUAUUAUUAUAAAUUAGAAAUACAUUUAAUAUAACCAAAAAAAAAGAACUUUUUACUAUUAUGACUUUUUAAAUCUGAUUUUAAGAGUUCAUGAAUAGGUUUUAUAUCAGUAAAAAUAAUCAUCAAGCAUUACUGCUUAAUCACAUUUAUCGGGAAAACCCCCAAAAAUAUGUAGUUGUUGUUUUUAAGUGCUUAGUUAAUAUUGGGAAAUUAAAUUUAAAUUUCUUUUAUGGAAAUGUCUUCAAAUAAUAUCAAAUUAAAAUGUCAACUGAACUCAAAUAAAGAAAGAUUAUAAAAACUUAAUUUAAUUUGAACUCACAAAUAGCUUACCUAAACUUUAAGUGUUGUCGAUUUAAUGACGGUAAGUGAUAAAUCUGAUAAUGGUUUUCCCCUUCUCAAAAAAAUAAAAUUAAUAAAUAGAAUUGAUUGAUUUUUACAUUGUUAAUACACCACACCAAAUUUUAAUUUGGAUUUUUAACAUUUAAUAAUUUUUAGUUAUAUUUCAUUCCAAAAAUGUACUGCUAUCAAAUUUAUGUCAUAAUCAUACACAUUUGAAGUUUAAAAAUAUUUUUUAAUAAGAAAAUGCUCUUUUUUUAAAGCCAUGAAUUACAAGGAAAACUCUUAAUCUUAAUACCACUCACUAAUUCACUAAUCACUGAUCCAAAUGAGAACAACCCAUUUGAAGUAGCAAUUGGUUCAUUUUGAUAUCAAUACUUCCAAACCCAAUUAUGUUACAGAUUCGAACUUUUGUCUAGAUUUUAAUGUUAAAAUAAAUACCCAGCAAGCAUAAUCUUUUAAUAUACGGAGAUAUAGUUAAACUAUUUUUUUUUAGAACAUGCAAAACAAUGUGUAAUAGAAUGGUGCUUGGGCUUUAGAAUUUUAAAGGGGCGUGCAGAAAAUGUGUGGUUGUGUAUGUGGGGGGGUGGGGGGCUACCAUCAAGUGGAUCAUUUUAUUAAUGCUUAUUAAGAACUGGGAGGAUGAGGAUUCGAUCGUUUUAUGCGGAAAAGGAGACGCCUAAAGGGAGAGAGUACUUUUAAUAAAUCAUUCAUCUUCUUCGGUAAACAAAUAUCAGGGGCAAGGAAUAGAGUUUGUAAAUUUUUUGUGAAUGACAAAAUCUUUAAAUCCAAAGAUAUUACACUUGUGACAAAUAUGUGUUUAAUUUUCUUUAAAAAAAUAAAUAUAUAUGUUACACGAAUUAAAAAAGUAAAAUAUAAUUCAAGGGUGUUGACAAACAUUGGGUAAUAGUAAUAGUAAUACAUUUAAAUAAGUAUACACAUAGACCUAAAAAAAAAAUCUCCUAACGCCAUCAUUUUACACAUGUGAAAAUUCAAUCUUGAAAGCCAUAUUAUUAUAUUUCCCUUUAACGUUCACCCUAUAGUUGGUAAUAAAGUGGUGAUGGUUAACUAAGUCUAUACUGUCAACGCCACAUGAAGACAGGAUCAAAGAAAUUAAAAUGAAUACCGGUAAUCGAUUUACUUCAUGUAACUAGUCACUGACACUUUGUUUCAAUAAAACUGAAUAUACAUAAAAGAAUUAAAAACUUCACUAAUAAUACAUAUUUCCAUAUAUAUUUGCUUCUGUAUUGAUUCAUUAUCUUUACUAUUGUCCUUACGCUAUUACACAAUUUUUUGUAUCACAGAAACAUAACAUGACCUCUUCCAACAUGGCUGCCUAAACUUCUCUGUUACAUCUACAUCUUAGUGUUUUCCCUGAUUCUACAUGACAUCAAAUUAGCACACACAAAGUUAUACUGUUGCAGGGGUUUCUUUUCAAAUAUGAAAAUAUCUUUUUGUCUCCAUUUUGCCAAAAGUUGAGUCAAUGGAAAUGUUAGGGUAAAUUUCUAUAAGAUUAAUAUUUCUUUACAAAAAAAAACCCAAACUUUCUCCGGGCACUUGUGAAAAUGAGGUAAGAGGAGAUGAGGGUGAAAAAUCUAAAAAUUGUUGUUUUCAAAUGAUAAUUUUUUUUUACCUACAUCUUCUUUGUAAACCAUUCUCUACGCUGAUACCAGCUACACAGACCAUACAGUAGUCUUUGGUUGCCUUUGUAACCCAUAAAAUCCUCCACCAUUUCUUUAUUUGUUAGUGUUUUUCAAAACACGAAGACUUUUACAAGUAAUAAGUUAUUGCCAUUAGAUAUUGAAGCCAGAUAAUUUACAUAUAAUAAACCUCUGUAUAACAGGCAUUUUUUUAUGUAACAACUAGUUAUAAAUCAACAGUGUCACAAAUAGGGACUCCAUUUAAAAAAAAGAAAAUAGGGGUGUAUGGGAAUGUUUGUUAACCUAUUUUCUUAUCUAAGAUAGUUUUCUUAAUUCUAAGUUAUUAAAAUUUUUAUAUUUUGUCACUGAACAUACUGUGAAAAUUUACAUAGUUUUCUUAAUUCUAUGUUACUCAUAUGUUUAUUAUUGGUCACUGAGCACACUGAAAAUUUGGUGAGGUUUGGAUAAUAAGUAAGUAAAAAACUUAUAGAGAUUUUGGUGACCAAAAAUAUUGAAAGAAAAAUCUGACAUAAAGAUAAUGACCAAAACAAAAUAUCAGUGGAAAAUAAGAUAUUUAUAUUCAGAUUGGGCUGACAACUUUUUAUAAGCCUAUUUUGGACAUUUUUAUCCCUUUCCUGAUCCUUUUUUCUGGACACUCAACUGUUUGCAGUGAUUGAUGUUUUUUACCUUUUAAAAUUGUGCAAAAACCAUAAUUAAUCUGUGUGAAAAUGCAAUUCCAUAGAGCUAUUUGGUAUUGUCAGCGUAUGCUGAAAAUGCAACUCUUGGUAUGGUAAACAAUUGUAAGCUCAGCAAGUUCUAAUGAUGGGAUGAAUAUUGACUGUUGUAACUUUUCUGAUUUCUAUUUCACAACUUUUAAAUCACUUGAGCCGCAACAUGCAUUUUUUCCAUCAGCAUAUUAACAGUUGUUUUUUUUUUUUUUGAGCCAGAAAACUCAUGAGCGAUCACUCCAUUGUAAAAUCUUAUUAGUUACUUUAUCAAAUAUUAACAUUAAUCCUGUUGCAAAUCACAUUGCAUAGAGACACAAUGUUUAAACAAGGAAAUUAUUGAUAAGUUCCUUACAUUUGUGUCUUAUUUUUUUUGUCGUUGAAUAACAUAUAAUAAGUCUUGUGAUGUAAUCUGUGUUAGUCUUCUCUUGCCGUCUCUACCUUAGGUUACUUUUAUUUUGAUGCAUUGAACAUAUGAUGCGGCGAGAAGUCUGUAACAUUUGAAAGACGUAAUUAGGGUACUCCUUCUUUUUCAUGUACCAAUUGUCAUUUGGGCUAAAUGGACUAAGGCGCAACAGAUCAGUGUAGUUUAUCAAUAGGAAAUAUAAUGCAUACUGUGUUCUGUUGUAUUUUGUUGUGUUCUGUUGUGUUCUGCUGUGUUCUGCUGUGUUCUUAUUGCGCAUCCCCUCAAUCAUUCCUGAAAACAGUAAACUUGUAGUUAGAUCUUUUUAUUAAAUUUUUGUCAACAAUAAACUAUAAGACUGUAAGGCUAUUAGGACAUUAUCAUUAAUGAAUGAUAGGUCUAACUCAUAAAUGGUUUGUUAGGGCUUUAAUUUUACUUUAGAAAGUCACCAGUGACUAAAUGACAAUGUGUGCACAUUUUUUAAAAAUAUUACCAUUUUAAAUUAAUAGCUAUAAAUAUGGAACAAUUAAAUCAAAUAUUAUCACAAUUAUCCCAAUUACUAUUUUGUCUAUUUCUAUUAACUAUUACUAUAGAUGCUAUUAGGUUUUAUGUGACACUAACACUAAAGUCACCACUUUCCAAUUUUGAAAUCCUCGAGGUUGGUUGUAGUUUUAAAUGCCACUGAUGAUAAGAAAUCUUCUUAAAUUAAAGUUAAUGUAUUAAAAAGUAAGAAAUUUACCACAUUUAAUUGACAAGUAGCGAUGGGACUGUCCCAUUUUUCUGAAAUGUUUCUUCACAUUUUUUAAACAAAAAGUCAAAUAACUUGAUAGCAGAGAUAAAACUUGGCAGCCCUGUUCAACAUUUGUCUGGUCAACAUUUUUCUAGCUUUGUUCAAAGUCAUGAUCGCAGUGGACCAAACAAAACCAUGUCUUCUGGGUAACAGAUCCCUUGGGGCAACACAAAAUGAAAUCAUUGAAAUUAUAAUAAAAAUGUUCCACCCAACAUUUCUAUUUAACUGGGUCGAAUUACCUGAGAAAUCAAAUAAAAAAGAUUGAGGCGCAUUCAAGUUGCCAUUCUGGGAUGGAUUGGAUUAGCAAGCAAGAAAUCUUUAUUAACAAAUAUUUUCAUAGUUUAUUUUAGUUAAAUUUUUCUAAAGCUAAAAAAUUCCCAAUCACGCCUAUAAAACUUUCACAAUACAUAUUUGUAAUGCAUUUUAAUUUAAUAUUUAUUAUAUAAGUUAAAUCAUAAUCAUAUACAAGUUUUUUAGACAAUAAUAAUGCACAUUAAGUAAAAUGUUGGUAAAAAAGUUUUUUUCAUAAAAUAUUUUAUUUACCUUUUUUAAAAAAUAAUCUGUUUACACAAGCCUCCAGAGUCCUUCCUCAGCAUAGAUCUUAAAAUAGCCAGUUUUAUUUCAACACGUCAGACUGUUGGCAUCUCUCACGUCAGACUGUUGGCAUCUCUCAUGUCAGACUGUUGGCAUCGCUCACGUCAGACUGUUGGCAUCUCUCAUGUCAGACUGUUGGCAUCUUUCACGUCUGACAGUUGGCAUCUCUCACGUCUGACAGUUGGCAUCUCUCAUGUCAGACUGUUGGCAUCUCUCAUGUCAGACUGUUAGCAUCUCUCACGUCAGACUGUUGGCAUCUCUCACGUCAGACUGUUGGCAUCUCUCACGUCAGACUGCUGGCAUCUCUCACGUCAGACUGUUGGCAUCUGUCACGUCAGACUGUUGGCACUGUUGGCAUCUCUCACGUCAGACUGUUGGCAUCUCUCACGUCAGACUGUUGGCAUCUCUCACGUCAGACUGUUGGCAUCUCUCACGUCAGACUGUUGGCAUCUCUCACGUCAGACUGUUGGCAUCUCUCACGUCAGACUGUUGGCAUCUGUCACGUCAGACUGUUGGCAUCUCUCACGUCAGACUGUUGGCAUCUCUCACGUCAGACUGUUGGCAUCUCUCACGUCAGACUGUUGGCAUCUCUCAUGUCCGACUGUUGGCAUCUCUCACGUCAGACUGUUGGCAUCUCUCACGUCAGACUGUUGACAUCUCUCACAAAAACUGUUAAUGACUUUAUCUCUAGUUUUAAGAUUUCACUAAAUAUUUCAUGAUGUCAGUCUACAGCCCUCAUCGUCGCUGGUUUAUCUUGCAGGUUAGACACAAGACUAAACUCUCACUGGAGAGAUUAAAGAUGGAGAAGGUGGAGAGCAGCUCCCUUGUGUUGGAGAUGGAGAAUGAACAGCAACGACAGCGGUACGAGAAAUGCCUUGAUGAGAUAGCCAAUCAUGUGGUUCAGGCCUUGUUGGCUAGAAGGUAGCUAUCUUAAAAAUCCUUGUUUCUGUACCUCAUAUGUAGCUCUACUUGUCAGUUUAAUAUAUUUAAAUUUAAUAAAAUAUAUGAUCUAUUUAUUGCUUUUUUUAAUAUCACUAUAUUAUUUUUUAUUAAACAUGCAAUUUCAAUUUUUUAAAACAAAUAUAAAAUUUAAUAAAUACCCUAAUUUUAGUUGUUUGUUUCUAAAAUAUAUGAAAUACAGACCUGUUUACUCUUAGGAUUAGUUCAUCUUAUAUUUUUAACAUAUUUUUUUUUUAUGUGUUAUUUAUAUUUUAUGCUGUUUUUUAAACCUUUGUUACUUUUAAAUAGUUUUCUAGAUUCAACUAUAGAAUGGACGUUAGGCUACCCAAAUUGGAUCAACCAGCAUCAACCAUUGUUAUCAAAAGAUAAAACAAUUCACCAGCUGCGGUUAGCUCCAUUUUUUUAAUAUUUUGAAUAACAAUAAGGGUUUAAAGUGAAUACAAGUGAAAAUAAAUUAUUGACACUUAAAAAACAAAAUUCUUGUGUAAAAAUAAAAUAUGAAAAGUACAAAAUUAAUGCUCUAUCCAAAAAUUGUCCUUAUAGGUUUCAAUAUAACAUUCUUAACCCUAUAACUUUUGCUUUUUAUAGAAUUCCAUUAUAGUAAAACAAAUAAUUGAAAUUAAGCUAUAAACUGGUUAAACACAUGUUAUUGUAAUUGCAUACUCUGAUCUAAAAUGUAAAUAUUUGUUUUUAAACCUGCAGAAUGUCUAAAUCAGAUGGACAAAGUACAUGAUUAUUGGAGGGACUCACUGGAAUCUGAGGGACUGAGUACAUGAUUAUUGGAGGAACUCAUUGGAUUCUGAGGGACUAAUUACAUCUUUGCGUCAAGAUUAGGAGCUCAUUGAAACCAAAUAAUUGCAUAAAUUACAUUUAACAGUGCUAUAUAUAUAUAUAUAUUUAAGCAUGAUUAUUACAUAAAAUUCAGUGGUUCUCAACAAGUGGGUCAGGAUACCCUAGGGGUCAUGUAACAAAAUACCAGAAAUUUGAGUGGUUUUUAAAAAAUGUUAACCAUUCAUUUGAAAUGGAAAAAUGAAUGUGGGCUGCAACAGUAUUGUAAAUCCUAUCCAAGGAUUGCUGUGAUAAAAAGGAAGAGAACUGCCGCACUAAUUAUUAAUGUACACACUAAUUAUUAAUGUAUGGUAUCAAAUUGUCUGGCAUUUAAAAAAAAAUUGUAAUCCACAUUGCAUAUCACAUCAUUUUUCAUAACUGCAUAGCAAGUGUAUAGUCUAUGCAAUCUAUCCCCUCUUCCAGUCUAAUAAGAUGGCUGUUAAUGACUUGAAUAACUGGUCAAGGAAUGCUACUUUUGUAGAUUGAUUGCCUCUUAGGAAGCUUUAUAGAGGGUCUGGUUUCUUUCCCACAGCUACCUCUCAUUUAUAUUGUACCAACUCUUUUGGGUUUUCCAUAGUUUUGUGUUCCAUGUUCUGUCCAUCUUAGCGCUGUCCUCGGAAGUGAGCGUGGUGGUAUUCUACAAACAUACCCAAGGGAUCUCCGUUAAUGAUCUGCUUUUAAUUCAUGCAAUUUUGACCACAGUGGCUGCUACUCUUGAUUGGCAUUUCAAUUCUUCAAUACAUUAAUCUUUGGUCAGAAGAUUCUGUGGAACCUUAGCAGGCAACUAUAAAUAUUAAAUUAAAUCCAAUCUUACCUAACAAACAUUCCAAAAGUCAGAUUAAAAAUAAAUUCAAAAUAUUCAUGAAUUGUCAGCAGUGGGUAGGUGUGUGGGUGGACUACUGCACUGUGAUUAUAUUAUGUUGUGCGUUUUAUGUGUAAUUUUUUAAUGAUUUUAAAUGUGCAGAAAAAAAAUGAAUACAAUGCAAAUCUCCCCUCCCCUUUCCUUUUCUCUUUAAUGUUUUCUAUUCAAUACAUUCUUAUGUAUGUAUACAUUUCUAAGUUGAAUGAAAUUUUUAAAAAAUGUAUACUUUGACAUUUUAAAAAAAAAUCACUUUCUAUUGGACAAAUUAUGUCAGAUACAUAUAACAAUUAAAACUGCAUGUAUGUGUAUGUACCAAGUUACUAUGUUUGAUUGCAUGUGAUUUAUUCCAUUUUGCAUGAUAUGUGAUUUAUUCCAUUUAACAUAUCUGAUUUAUUCCAUUUAACAUAUCUGAUUUAUUCCAUUUAACAUGCUAUGUGAAUUUUUUUUCCAUGUAACAUGUUAUGCGAUUAGUUAUGUGAUUUAUUCCAUGUAGGUGUGUAAAGUAACAAGGUGUAACUAUACACAUUUUUUUGUUUGUUUCUUUAUAUUGAUUGUGGCCAGAGAUGGAAAAGCAAACUGAUAUAUCCAUCAAUGCUAUUCUGACUUGCAUAUAUUCUGUGUUUAUUUUGUUCCCUGCUUGGUCACACUCCAUUUUCUUUGUUGUGUUCACUUUCUCAUCUCAUCUUGGCUUAUUUUAUUGUAUAUGUUUGAAUUUUUCCUUAGUACACUCUCAUCACUAUGUAAGGGAAAUAAUGGGGUUAUUGUUUUAUUUUUUUAAUGGGGUUUCGAAAAUAAUAAACCUUAUUUUAAAAACUAAAAAUGUGUUUUGUUAUGAGGGUACGUGUCGUGUUUUUG